AUGGAGUCGGCCAAACUGGAUACGGCCCGAGAGAAAGCGUACAAGAUUGUGGCCUGGUCCGCCGUCUGUUUUUCGUUGGUGGCCGUUCUAGCCGUCUGCAUCACCAUGCCCAUUGUCUACAACUUUGUUAUUCAUGUUCAGCAGCAAACCAAACAGGAGCUGGAAAUGUGCAAAGUAAAAAAAAUAAAAAAAUAAAAAAAAUCAAAAAAAAUAUUUCUAUACAAAAAAAUCGUUUUUUAGACGUCAGCGCGCGAUAUAAUGUCAGAAGUUGGUCGUCGACGGCCUCGAUCUCAAGAUUCAUUCGGUGCCAUUCUCUCAGCCGCUUCACAGAACCGCACAAAACGAUACGCCGAGGAGAGAGGCUAUGGCGGAGGCGGCGGCGGUGGAAAUACCUGUGAUUGUAAGUGGUACUCGUUGAAAUUUCCAAUGACACAUCUCUUGCAAGAUUUUACAUAUCAGUCUGUCUGGAAAAUAAUGAGCACUAUGUCGCAUCGAAAAUCGCAUCGCCGCUGAGAAAAUGAAUUGUGUCGCUGCAAGAUCGAAUUGAUUUUUUCGUCAAUUUGAUUUUCAGCGCAGCGACACUGUGCUCAUUAUUUUCCCGACAAACUGAUAUACUACGUAUAGUUUAGUCAUCAAAAAAUAGCUUUUGAAAAUUUCCGGUUUUGUUGACCUACUACAAUAUAAUUUUUAGCCUGCUGUCUCCCCGGACAUCCGGGCAGACCCGGCCCACCAGGUCAGCCUGGACGACCAGGCACUCCAGGAGCCCCCGGACGUCCCGGCGCUCCAGGACGUCCUCCGAUUAUUUGCGAGGAGAUCGACAUCCCGCCAUGCAACCCCUGCCCACCUGGCCCACCCGGUCCUCCCGGCCCCACCGGUCAGCCCGGAACCCCGGGCCGACCCGGCCCUCCCGGACGACCCGGAACCUCGGGCCAGCCCGGCGCUCCCGGUCCGAACGGCCCCCCGGGCGUACCCGGCACUCCCGGCCCCGACGGCGACAAGGGCGAGCCCGGCAGACCGGCGGUCUCGACACCACCAAUCCCCGGAGAGCCAGGGUCGCCCGGCGACGCCGGACCAGAAGGCCCACCCGGCCCCGAAGGCCCGCCGGGACGCGACGGAUCGCCCGGCCAAGCCGGCCCCGAAGGCCCUCCCGGCGCUAUCGGCCCGCAAGGCCCACCCGGACAGCCCGGCCAACCGGGCGCACCUGGCGCACCCGGCCCCCAGGGCGAGCGGGGAAUUUGUCCGAAGUAUUGCGCGCUGGAUGGCGGAGUCUUCUUCGAGGAUGGGACGAGGCGCUAA